AGUUUACUCAAGAUGAAGCCCGAAGCACGAAGAACCAUUCUCACAACUAUCCUUCACCAUCAGACACAUGUACAAUUUUGAAAUCGGAUGAUACGUGACGACUGAACAUGAUGUUUCCUCUUUUUGUGAUUUCAGAUAUGAGAGAACAAACCAUGUUAACCGAACAUCCUACAACAACAGAAUACAUACCAUAUUCUAAACAAAUCACUUCCAGUAGCAAAUUGUCGACACCGUCGGUGCCAUCGUCGUCGUCGUUGUCGCCGUCCUCCGAGAAGAUAUUGCUAAAUGUGACAACGACAGACACGGUGACAAUCUCGGAGCACCAGGACAGGUCUUCUACACCUCGACAACAGCACGAGGCAGCGGCACUAUUGCAGUCCACACCUGCAACGGAUUCACCGAGCACCACUGCAGCGGAACUACCGAGACCCACUGGAACUGUGGCACAAACAUCGAUGGAUCAAUACAAAACCAACUAUAGCAUAAAGUUCACAACAUUUCGACCAUUACUAGUACCUACUUUACCAGAUAUUCGACAUAGGAUUAUUCAUUCGAUGCCUUAUCAGUCCAAGCAUCAUCACGAGCGACAUUGGGGUCCAUUUUUCGAAGAGCCACUCAACGUGACCUCCGGAGCAUUGCAAGUGGGCUAUCAUUUGUCAACGGAAGCAAUCCUCAACUGUCGGGUAGGAAUGCUCAAGGAUAAAACGGUGAUGUGGAUCCGAAGGACAACCGAUAAGGUAUCCCUCCUAACGGUAGGCAACAAUACGUACAGCGGCGAUCCAAGGAUAAGAGUUAAGUUUCAAUAUCCGAAUAAUUGGCGCCUACAUAUCAACCCAAUCAAGAAUGACGACGGUGGACUGUACAUGUGUCAAGUAUCCACCCAUCCGCCCAGGGUAUUCGCCACCAAUCUCACAGUUCUAGAACCAGCCGUUCGGAUUGUGGACGAGAUGGGCUACGAGUUCUAUGAUCGGUACUAUAAAUUAGGUAGCACAAUCGAUAUAUCAUGUCAGGUGUCGUUAUCGUAUCUGGCAACCCUGCCAACGAAAACUCCACCGGCUAACACUGUUGUUCAGCUGAUGGCGCCAGCCGGGGAUUCGAAAACGACCAGCUCCAAGCUUUUGAACGAGGGAGCGACAACUAGCAAUAACAAUAAAGAUAAGACCAGGCAAUCGUUACCACAGAGCGUCGUGUGGAAAAAAGAUGGUGUCGCGCUACCGAACGAUAUCAAACUCAGCUCAAGCCUUUCGAAACAAUGGUUCAACAGCAGGCUGUCCAUAAUACAGGCGGAGCGAGCUCACAGCGGGCUCUACACUUGCACCGUGGCCGACAAGCAGACGACAUCCGCACAGAUCCAAGUGCUGAACGGUGAGACUCCAGCUGCAGUCCAGCACAAUGGAUCCCACACAGAGAGGGCUAUUUCGGUACUUGUCUUCUAUUGUGUCAUCUGCUGGAUUCAACUGCACAUAUCCUAUACGUAAUGUUGCCGGCCGAACCCGCAUCCAAGCCCAGCGACAAUAUAUCAAUCACUCCGAAAAAGGCGCAACCAUCAAGAUUAAUUAUUUCGCUGGCAGCAAGUCACUCUGAUUCACUGAUUGCUGGCCGAUGUCCGCCGCGCCAUCAACCAACCAGUCAGCCAGCAGCGGUCCCGUGCAGAUGGUCACAAUCAGCGAAAUUUUCGACUGGCAUCCGAUUAGGAAGGACUGCCGUGAGAAUAAUGAAGCGCCUCCGGUGGAGAUAAAGCGAGCAGAAUGGAAACCCAAAAGUCAUGAUUUAUGUAUCAUUUUUCAUCUCCAGUACAACUUGACCGAUAUCAUCCCCCUGUAAGCGCUCGUUUAAUCGUCCAUUUCGUUGGCAUUGUUAUGUUAUUGAAUCAGGACAGCGUUUCACAAUUUGGGCAGAUAGUAGAUUGGUGAUUAUUCUCAUUAAAUUAUAUUAUUUUUGUAAUUUAUAUUGCUCAACCAGCCUAUCAUUUUUAAAAUGGUAUAAUUAGCUCCACCAAGUUUUUAUUCUGUCACUUUGCGUAAACUUAAAGUUUUUGUUUAAAAUUGGGUAUUAUACUGCAAUGACUGAUUGGGAAAUGCCGAACCGCACACUCACUAUCGAACCCAAAAUCUACAUCCCAUUUUAUCAUCUUUGCUCCCUAACGAGAAAUGCAUAUUCGGAGGCGAAGACGACCAUCCACGUUCGCACAUUACAGAGAAUAAACCCAAUCAAAAAGGAAUACAAAAUCAAAAUGUACAUUAUUUUCUAGGGAUUGAAUUUUAACGAAUUGUUAAACGUUUAUUAAGGAUUAUGUAAAUACACGUACACACCGUUAAACAAGAUGUUCCGAGUCAGCAAAGCUACAUAUAACGAACAAAAAGGUUAAGUCAUCUAGUGAAUUUGGGGUAAAAAUGGAACAUCAUCAAUUUCUUCGGAACAAGAAUCUGACAUGUAACCGGCAGACAUACAACACAACCAAUGUUAGAAGUAAAUAUAUCUUCAAAGUAAUUACUACCAACUCAAUAUAUAUAUAUACAGAACACCUCGACACCCAAGAAACACUUUGACGAAAACCAACACUGUAUAUCUACUAAAAUGAAUGUAUUACCUAUGUUCAAAAGAAAACAAAACCAGAAUGAAAAAUUGUACCACUAAACUAAAAACAAAAAGGAAUGGAAACAACACAGCAAAAAAUAUACGAACAGAGAACUGAGACAUCUCAAACGACGUAUAUAAGGAAGCGUAAAA